GGGACACAGGGACUGUUUCGAAACUUGGAAGAGUUGUGCGGUCGACUUCCGAAAACUUUUUGACAACUGAGAAAGCAGUGUUUUAGGUUUCGGACCCAAACAGGAAUUAGGAGUCACGUGACCAGUCGUAAUGUUUUUUUCACUGUUCACGUGAUAUUACAAACUUGGAGAGGCUUCAUGUGUCACGGAAUAGAUCCUAAACUUUAAGUACAGGUCUGUACAUGCACUGAGGUGAAACUCUUGAGUGAUUAAAUGUCCUCCCGAUGAAUAAAUGAAACGAUCUCAUUGCGCAGCCGGUCUGAGUGAGAGUUUCUGGACAUUAUGCCAAUUGAAGAAGUCUGUGACAGUGUUUCAGCAGAGGAUGAUGCUAAGAAGGGGCCUGAUGUUCCUUGCCUUUUAGAAGAGCGUGUAAAAGAGAAAGUGUCCUGGAAGGAAGUGUUGAGAAAGAAGGUGGGAAAAAAGUGUUCCUGCAGUUCUGCUCGAGUCAAAGCCCUUCUCAUAGACUCCAUCCCAAUAGUGAAAUGGCUGCCAAGAUAUCAAUUCAAAGACUGGAUCAUUGGGGAUGCCAUGUCUGGCCUUAUCGUGGGCGUCCUCUUGGUUCCCCAGUCCAUCGCCUAUUCUUUACUGGCAGAACAAGACCCUAUUUAUGGUCUCUAUACAUCUUUCUUUGCCAGCAUUAUCUACGCCCUACUGGGAACUUCCAGGCACAUCUCUGUGGGGAUGUUUGGGGUAUUGUGUCUUCUGGUGGGACAGGUUGUGGACAGGGAACUUACUCUGGCAGGAUAUCCAUCGGACACCAAUCAGACCACCUUUGGAAAUGUGGACAACAGCACUGGUCCAAUCUGUGACCGAAGCUGCUAUGCCGUCACGGUGGCAGCAACACUAACUUUCACAGCAGGGAUCUACCAGGUGUUGAUGGGUCUCCUACAGGUUGGCUUUGUCUCUGUCUACCUCUCGGACUCUCUGUUGAGCGGUUUCGCAACUGGUGCCUCUCUCACAAUCCUCACAUCCCAGAUAAAGUACUUUCUGGGCCUUCACCUUCCUCGUGUCCAAGGCUGGGGUUCACUCAUAAAAACCUGGGUCAGUCUUUUCAAGAAUCUGGGUCAUACCAACCUCUGUGACCUCGUAACCAGCAUUAUCUGCUUGCUUGUGCUUGUACCCACCAAAGAGCUCAACGACCGCUUCAAGGCCAAGCUCAAGGCCCCUAUUCCCUUUGAACUCUUUGUGGUCAUCGCUGCUACUCUAGCUUCCCACUUUGGACGGUUUGAGGAAACUUAUGGCUCGGAUGUAGCCGGAAACAUUCCCACAGGCUUCAUGCCUCCGCAGCUUCCCAACUGGUCUCUCAUACCCAAUAUCGCUGUUGACGCGUUCUCAAUCGCCAUUGUUGGUUUCGCCAUUACCGUGUCUCUGUCUGAGAUGUUUGCCAAGAAGCAUGGUUACAUGGUGGACCCUAACCAGGAGAUGUAUGCUAUUGGUUUCUGUAAUAUUAUUCCUUCCUUCUUCCGCUGUUUCACGACCAGCGCUGCUUUGACCAAGACUCUUGUGAAGGAGUCGACUGGUUGCCAGACUCAGCUCUCGGGGUUGGUGACCGCUCUUGUGCUGCUGCUCGUCCUGCUUGUUAUAGCACCUGCCUUCUACUCAUUGCAGAAAUGUGUUCUGGCCGUCAUCAUAGUCGUCAACCUCCGCGGGGCACUGCGAAAGUUUGGGGACAUUCCCCAAAUGUGGCGUGUCAACCGUGUGGACACUAUCAUCUGGCUGAUUACUAUGGCUACAUCAGCGCUAGUGAACACUGAGCUAGGUCUGCUAGUUGGAGUCCUGGUCUCUGCGUUCUGUGUGUUAGGUCGAACCCAGUCCGCCCAGGUCCGUCAGCUGGGCCAAGCAGGGGACCGCGAGCUCUUUGAGGACCUUGCGUCCUACAAGGGUCUCCAGAGCCAGCCAGGGGUGGCUGUUUUCCGAUACGAGGCUCCCAUCUACUAUGCCAACCAAGCCCUCUUUAAGAAGUCACUGUACCGUAAUGUGGGUCUGGAUCCACUUAAAGAGAAGGCCAGGCGCAGGAAACUAGACAAACAGAGGAAUCAGAAACAAGGAGGAGAAGACCAAAAGCAAGAGCUAGACGUGUCCACCAAUGUGGAUCUGCUACAGCACAACAGCUUGCACACAUUGGUCAUAGACUGCAGUCCAGUGCUGUUUCUGGACACUGCUGGGGUCAAUGCUUUGAAAGAGGUAUGCAAGGACUACGAGGGGCUGGGAGUCAAUGUGCUUUUGGCACAAUGCAACACCUCCGUUAUUGAUUCUUUGCGUAGGGGAGGCUAUUAUGACCCAAAGAAGGGGACCAAAGAAAUACAGUUUCACACUCUUAGUGAUGCCGUCUCUUAUGCCCAAAGCUUGAAGUCACAAAAUGGCGAUUGUGACACUGUUGUGUAACACUUUGUAAUGUAUUGAUCUGAAGUUGUCUUUGCUUUUAAUAUUUGUCUGUUUCGGCAAUUCAGAGUUAUAUAAUGUUUGUCUAUGCACCAAAAGCUGUUUUCGGGGUCCAAAACAUUGACUUGCAUUGCAUAAAAACACUAAAUCAUUACUAAAAAUAUAACGUCAUACAGGUUUGGAAUCACAUGAGGGUGAGUAAAUGCUGAACGUUUUCAUUUUUGAGAGAACUAUCCCUAUACCUUCUUAAAAUGGAUAAGUAAUCAUCUGUUUAUAUUUGUUACAACAUACUUGCUUUUGAGAAAAACAAUGCGUUGUGUUCUGCAGGACCUUUAAAUAGAAGUUCAAACUUUGUUAUCUGCAAGUCCUUGAGUAUCUCAUAACCUUUGUCUAGUCAGGAUGAUGAUCCGAUUUUUUUUCUUGUCUUAAAAUGAUGUAUUUUGAUAUCAUUUAUACAUCUGAUAACAUGUUUAGCUUAUUUUAAAUCUAGCUAAAACUCAGUAUUCAAGGGCUCAGUCUUUCUACAUGAACAGAAAUGAUUUAUGCUAGAUAAGCCUGUGUAUUUACUCUUUAUCUCCUUCCACUCUAGUUUGUUGCUCAUUCAGUCAGAAUUAUAUCUUAUAUAAUCCCAUUUGUGACAUUUACCCAGCUUUAUGGGUACUUGUGCAUGUUUAAAUGACCAUAAAGCUUGGAUAAACUGAGCGCUUGUUGUCUGGGUGAAUACGAGUUGAACUCUUUCACCCAGUCAUCAGAUGUUUACCUCAAUCGCAGAAGCACCAGAGUGUGUGCCGAUGUGCCUCGUCACUGUGCAGCCACAGAGCAGCUUUUGAAAAUGUGCAUCUUUUUUCUUGAAAGGCUUUGCUGAAGGAGCCGAAUAAAAAUGUUUGGUCAGGAAUUUUUUUGACUCCGCUUUCAUUUCGUGUAGAGAAUAUGGGCUCAGGUAGAGCAUUUUAAUGGUAUUGUGUCUGAACCUGUUGAACAGGUCUGAAGGAACAGGAGACAUAGCCAGAUGAUCCGACUGCAUGCCUAACCCAGGCUCAGGGAAAUGACAAAAUCUGUCCUCCUAUUGGCUGAACUGGCACAGGGUAUGAAUACAGAUGAUAUUUCUAAAAUGCUGGAGCUUUUUUAUAUAUCACUGAUAGAAUGCUAGCACAAAUGGAAACAUGCCUUUUAGGGCAAACUAGGAACUAUGUAUGUAGUUUUUAUCUUAUGUGGUGGUUAUCACUCUUAAAAAUAAAGGUUCCCAAAGCGAUGCCAUAGGAGAAACAUUUUUUGGUUCCUUAGAGAACUUUCAGUCCAGAAUUCUUAAAAGAACCUUAUUUUCUUGGUGUGAAGAAAAUUUUAAAGAAUGUUGUGUGCAAUGGAAAGGUUCUAUGAAUGUUAAAGGUUCUUUGUGGAACCAUUAAUGCUAAUAAAGAACCUUUAUUUAUUUAAGAAUAUGUGGUGAUACUUUAUUUACUGAAACAUUUCUAAUAGUUUUUAGUUCAUGCUUUUGGAUUGUUUCUGUGUGUUUAAUUUGCAUUAGAAUUACUGCAAUCACCUUGGAGGCUUUACUUAAUUGUUAAAGAUGUAUCUUAGAUUCUUAAAAUACCUCUAUAUAUACAUAUUCAGGUAUUCCCAUUUAUACAGUAUAUAAUGAUUAUUUGUAAUCACUGAUGUUGGCAGGAAACCUAUAUCUUUCAUGUAACGUGAUAUUUUGUCUUCUACAAAUGUAAUUUGUAUUGUAACUAAUACAAAAUAAACUAAAUGUUUACAUAAAGCAAAUUUGUCCUUGUCUUGAUUAAAAAUCAACAAAAUUGAAUUUUCCUUUGCAUCAGGUGCUUCCUUUGACAGCCUGCUGAAUGAAUGUUUCAUUCUGUGUUUUUUUUAUAAUCGAAAUAAUUUUAAUCUAGAAUUUAAAUGAGUGAGGGGAAACCCAAACAUAUUCCAUUUAGUGCAUGCUUUGAGAAUAGGUGCUUUAACUCAAAGCUACCACCAGUGUGCAGCAUUGUUCUGCAGCAGAUCAUGUGUCUAGUCUUUAAAGGGAUAGUUCACCUGAAAAUGAAACAUCUGUUACCAUUUACUCACCCUCAUGUUGUUCCAAAUCUGUAUGCCUGAUUUCUUCUGCAAAACACAAAAGAAUAUAUUUAGAGGAAUGUCUAACCUAUAUUAUGUAUGUAAGAAAUAAAGCCAUACAUUGCAGGUUUGGAAUGACGUGAGAGUGAGUGAGUAAAUGAUAACAAAAUGUUCUUUUUUUUGCUUUAACUAUUGCUUUAACAUGAAAAAUGCUGACAUAACAGUGUUGAGAAAAAAAUAAAAAUAA